AUGGCAGACCAGAGUUAUCGGAAGCCAUUCUUCCUAGCCUUAGCUGGGGCGGUCGCCCUCACCGCAGCCUACUACACGUACACGCAAUAUGCGCAGCCUCCCCAAGCAGAGCCCUCCUCCCUCCAUCGCAGCAAUGCCGUACGUCGGCCAAGAAAUAGACGACGUUGGCGCCGUGGCUUCGAGCAGACGAAUCUCAACUAUGACCCAGCCCACCUCGCUGUCUAUCACCUCGAACGACGGAACGAAUCCGGACGAGGAUAUGGAGAAUACGAGAAUAGAUGGUUCUUUACUACACGACCGCCCACACAAGAGGUGGACCUGUCGCUGAUCCCGUCUAAUUUCAGCUCUAUCUACGACUACCUCCUGCAACAUUCCCCGGCGGAGCUGUCUUCAAACCAACAAGAAUACCUCCUCCGUCAUAUCAAGAGCGUUUUUGUGCAGAACUUUUUGAAAGCGGAGUACCCAGAAGGUUAUAUCAUCGGAGACGAAGUUUGGAUGCUCGCACAAGCCAUGGAUCGCCUUGGGAUUGCUGCAGAUAUUGUUUUCCAGGCGGCAAAAGCAUUUGACGAGGGAAGCUUCCCUCUCAACGAUGAAUGGGACCCACUCGAUGCUCCUCGCCACAGUCCCAGAACGAGCCUUGGUCAGACUGACGGCGUAUCGGAACAAGCUGGCUUGGCUCCUCACGAGGCACUUCAGGCGUUAGCGGAUCCUGACGAUGCACACAGUGACAUUUCAUCGGGCAACAACGAGGAGGAUCCCGAAGGCAGCCAAAACAUGCUCGACCUCCUUUACCAUAUCGCUGGCGAGCAAGCACGACGGGAAUGCUAUAUCCACCGCGGUGUCGAGUGCAACAGCUGCGGCGUUCACCCCAUUCGAGGUAUCCGCUAUCACUGUGCAAAUUGUUUCGACAUGGACCUCUGCGAGAACUGCGAAGCCAGCUCUACACAUGGGAAGGCUCACGUCUUUUACAAGAUCCGCAUCCCGGCUCCUUCACGCGGAAACAUCAAGCAGGUCACUCCGGAGUGGUACCCUGGCAACCCGAGCGCGUUUCCCUUGUCCUUGCCGGCCAGUGUAUCCAAACCACUACUCGAAGAGACCCGAAUGGAGCGUACCGAAAUGGAUGCCCUCUACGAGCAAUUCAAAUGUCUGGCCGGACAUCCAUUUCCUGCCGACCCGACUGGUCUGGGAAUUGCCAUUGAUCGAAAGGGGUUUGAUGCAUAUUUCAUCCCUUCGCGCGGAGACAAACCUUCUCCUGCGAAUUUGAUCUACGAUCGCAUCUUUUCCUUCUAUGACACGGACGAGAACGGAGUUAUCACCUUUGACGAAUACAUACGCGGCCUUGCGUAUUUGCAGGACAAGAGCCGAAAGGCCAGGCUUCAGCGUAUCUUCGAGGGUUACGAUCUGGACUCGGACGGCUUCGUGGACCGCAAAGACUUCCUGCGCAUGUUCAGAGCGUAUUACGCGUUAAGCAAAGAGCUGAGUCGGGAAAUGAUCGACUCGCAGGAAGAUUUCGGUUAUAACGAAGAAGAAAUUCGGGAGGUUGUUCAAGGCAGUCAGCCUAUCAGCGCUGCUUUUGGAGGCGGUACCCUCUACGGUCACGAAUCCAGAAAUGGUCAGGGUAAACAACGUCAGGCGAAUGGGGAUCUGCAACUUGCCAACGGCACAAAUGGCGUUCUGCAGCCAGACAGUGAUCUGAUCGGAGAUCGUGCCAGGGCUAUCGGAAAUGCCGCACUUGGAGGCCGGACCAGGAACCAUCCUUUCCGAUCGUUUCGACAGGAGCCUCCAGAGGACGAACCUUUGAUGAUGCUGCCCAUGGGAAGCAAUUUCAUCCAGACGGGCAUGGAGUCGGACGAGGCCAUUGGGGAGCCCGUCACCGGGCCUGAUGCUCCGUUGCAGACAUAUGCUUGGCCUCCGGUGCGGACACCAGAGCCUCAGGACAUCAGUGAAGCGCUCGGACAAGAGGUGCCGCUGGAUGACAUUACGGAUCCUGUUGAUAGGACCCGAGUUCUCUUUGCUCAAGCACAGCGGCUUGAUGCGGAAGGUGAUGGAGCUGAGGAAAUGUUGCGCGCCAGAGCCCUCGAAGAACGGUGGCGUCGCCGACGGUUUUAUCUCGAUCGCGAGGAAGGAUUAACCAAGCCGCCAGGCUACACUGAACCCGACAGCUCGGAUGACGAGGAUUUGCCCGAACACAAGAAGAAUGGGCGAGGCGAUGUCAGCCCUCGGAGAGCAUCUAUGGCUUCGAGAUCCUCGUCCAAGGUCCGCUUCGAUGAUAGUGCCAUCGAGGGAGACUACGAAACGCGCUCAAAUGCUUCCUCUCGAAGCGUUCCUUUCAACGAAAGAUGGGGCGGUUAUGAGCUUGGCCAGGCCGAAGCAGACAUUGGCAAAGACAUUCUCUAUCAAGCCGUGCAACAAGGAUUCAACGAGUUGCUCGACGUGCUGUUCAAGGAGAAGGAAGACGAGCACAUGGAAGCACGUCGCACACGAGUGGACCGGCAUUGCUUUGCACAGGAAAGAGUCAACUUCGAGAAGCUGCUUGUCGAACUCGAAAUGAGAGCGGGUGAAACAAAGGAAACCUUGAUCGAGAAGAUCAGGCGGAGGAGGGAGAACGAGGAGGAGCAGAAGCAGCUGGCGAUGAUUGAUGCUACACCAGUGGCAAAGCCGGGCCACGGAAAGUCCAGCCCCCAAGAUUCCGAAGAUCAUAUAGGAUUGAUGUUCGGCUCUCAGGGUCUGUCCGGCCAAAAGGUGGCUGCGGGUUCUGUCACUGCAGCGACCGAGACAAAUGCAUCAUACCGUGACCCGACGCUCCCACAGUUUCGUCCUGACGAACCGGAACCACCAAGUCUAGCCUCGAGUGCGGCCCCGUUCGCUCCGAGUCAAACCCCACGACCAGAUCCAUUCUCAGGCGACCCGGAGAAGGCGCUCAAGACGUAUUCCCUGUGGCUCCUGCACGAUAUGAUUGACGAAGAAGAAGAUCGCAGAGGUGGACCCGCAAAGCUGAGCUUUGCUGAGUUCCAACGCAAGAUGGUGCCUCAAGAUGAGGUGACGGAUGCUUUGGGGGACAAGGACAAGAGCAAAGACGGCAGCAACGAACGGAAGACAUGGGAGAGCAGUGCGGACCUAGGAAGACUGGCUUUUGUGGGCACUUGGUUGGAGAUGGCGAGUUUCUAG